AUUGGAAUUGCAAAACCGGGUUCCACGGACAGCAACAAAAUGUGGUUUUCUCGUGUAUUUUCUUUGUUUUGUUGGAUACUUUUCGUUACGGCCAACGAGAUUGAGCUUCCAGCAAAGUUCGUCACGAGCAGUUCGCACACAAACAAUUGGGCCGUGCUGGUGGAUACCUCUCGAUUCUGGUUCAACUAUCGCCAUAUAGCUAACGUUUUAUCAGUCUACCGCUCUGUGAAGCGACUGGGCAUACCGGACAGCCAGAUACUGCUGAUGGUGGCCGAUGAUAUGGCAUGUAAUGCCAGAAAUCCUCGUCCCGCUACAGUUUUCAACAAUGCCAAACAACACAUCAAUGUGUACGGAUCGGACGUAGAAGUCGAUUACCGAGGCUACGAAGUGACUGUAGAGAAUUUUGUGCGGUUACUAACGGGAAGAAAUGAGAAUGGCACUGCCCGAUCGAAGCGACUUUUAUCGGAUUCGGGCAGCAACGUACUGAUCUACCUGACCGGACACGGUGGUGAUGGUUUUCUCAAGUUCCAGGAUUCGGAAGAAAUCACCAACCAAGAGCUUGCGGAUGCUAUUGAACAGAUGUGGCAAAAGCAGCGGUACAAUGAACUGUUUUUCAUGAUUGACACGUGCCAAGCGGCGUCGAUGUACGAGAAGUUUUAUUCACCCAACAUACUCGCUGUUGCCAGUAGUUUAGUCGGCGAGGAUUCACUUUCGCAUCAUAUUGAUCCGGCCAUCGGGGUCUAUAUUAUCGAUCGCUAUACGUACAAUGCACUGGAGUUUCUAGAGCGAGUGGAAUGGAACAGUAAGAAAACAAUGGGAGACUUUCUUUCCGUUUGCCCAAAGCGAGCAUGCAUUUCCACAGUUGGAGUGAGGAAAGACUUAUACCCCAAGGAUCCGUAUAAGGUUCCAAUCACAGACUUCUUCGGUUCUAUUCGACCAACAGAAAUAUCCACAGAUGUAGUUAAUGUUACGCUUUCAACCAUUCCAGAAGUAUUGAACAAACCAAAGCCUAUCAGCAAACCAAAUGCGCAACUAUUUCUCGACCAGUUCCCUACAAAGCUGUUCCAAGGAUCCUAGUCAUGUACGCGCAGAUAAAAAUAAAAAUAAAUUAAAC